AUGAACAGGACAUUCAUUAGCUUAGCUCACAGCGUAAUGAAGAAGCUGAACAUCGGUCACUCAUUAGAAUACGAAAAAUAUAUCAGAGGACACACAAAUGAAGAAACUACAAAUAUCUAUAUAGAUGUUCCACAGGAACGAGUUGAUUUCCUUACCAAACAGUUGUUCAGGAGAGGUUCAUUUGGCUAUAUACCGGAUUUAUUUGCGAAAUUAUUAUAUGGAAAAGAGAACUCAUUUGAGACUAGAACCGACCAAAUAAUGGAAAUUAAAAGAGCUAUUGGAGGACCAAAAGAUUUAGAAAAUAUCGCUGGAUUUAUGAACCUUAUCGAACAAGAAACGAAACUUGUAGAAGACAUACUUAGUGAUAUGGACGAACAAGAAUUAUGGGACACAUACCAUAAAAUCGAAACAAAUCAAAUGAGCGGUAAAGAGGAGUUUUUUCAAUGUCUUGUCAGUCAAACUGGAUGUGUUUAUCCUGGAAAGAGAUGUUCGGAGUGUUUAUUGUCAAUCCCAAACUUUUACGCGUUAAGUACCAUAUCAAGUCGAAUUUUAUCUUUAAUUGUAGAGUUUAAUAAUGAGUUUAAGGACGAAACCUUACCAGCAGAGAAAACUCGAUUAGCCAAUACUCUCCAUAUGAAUUUAAGGCAUUUUCAAUCCGCUAUGGAAAAGUUCGGAAAGGAUGAGGUUUACAAGUUUUUAAAUAUCGAGUCCGAAGUUUUCAAAAAGGCAUUACAAUCACUUCCUGAUAACAAGGAUUACUUAACAAUUUAA